GGGCGCCGUCGGAGGGUGGAGCGUCACGUGACCCUCUGGCUUGCGACAGAGUUCCCGGAACAAACCAGACCAAAACAAACAUACCAAGCGGAAGGUCCUAUGGAGCUCGUUAGUAGUCCACUAUUUUGUUUAAGUGUUGACAUUUGUGUCAGGGAUGUGUGUAGAUGUAAAAUAACUAAACUGAACUGAGGAGAUCUAUGUAAAUAUGGCUGAAGCAGUGAGACCAAAGAAAUCAAAGGCAAAAUCUUCUGUCAAAUCACAGGAUAAAAAGCAGUCUCAGAGCCUAAGGAAAGCUGCCGGACCUGUGGUACUAAACCCUCCUGCCCCUGAAGUCACGGCUGAAUUUACAGACAUUCCUCUCAGUCUUCCCCCUGAGCCGCCCGCUUCUGCUCAAGAACCUCCGAACACACAGCCCUCGGCAGACCAAAAUGAAAAAGAGGAGAAGGAUCAAAACAAAGAUCUUUUGUUCGAUAGAUCUGAUGCUGCAGAGAUACCGUCUAGCACUGAGGACACAGCAUCCAAACUCUUAUCACAAGACCCUACGAUUGAAGUGGGCCAGUUGAGCCGGUGUGAUCCAAAAAUCCUUAGCACUAAUAUCCAGCCGAUUGAAGUGUCUUCACUUUACCCAUCACUCCCUGUUUUGGCUGUGGAACCCCAAUUCCUGGUUGACGUGUCCUCUGUUACCACUGAUCUACCACAGACGUCGCUUAUGCCUUUAGUGGUUGAAACUGCAAACACAAACACAGUCGAGCAAAUCAGUCCAGCUCCAGCCAUUCUUCCUCUGGCUGAACAGGAGUCUUCACCUCCCAGCCUAGUUCCAGUGGAGCUAGCCAAAGUAGAGAGACCCCAGGAAAGGCUGUAUCCAGAGCUACCUCGAGCAUGUCAGGUGGUCCAGGCGUUCACCAGCGAGCAGCUCAGGAUGUGGGAGCCGGGGUCCUGGCUGGAGAAUGUAGAGCUUCAUGCUUUAGAGUUCCAGGCCCUGGUUCAUCAAGAGGGCCAUGAGCUGCACGAGCUGUUGCUGAAUUACUGGAGAUGCCGGAAGCAGUUGGUGCAGGCACAGACUGAGUUGCAGGCGACCAUUUCGGACUGCAAGAGUGCACAGAACCGACUGUGGAGCUUUAAGGAUGAACAGCUCACGCUGCAGGGUGUGUGCGCUGACCAGGCCAAGGUGUGCGGCUACCAUCGCUUCCAGCAGGUGGUCCUGAACGAGGCGGUGGUGGCUGAACUGAAGCAUCUGUUCAAGACCAAGGCUGAGCUGCUCCACCAGACCAUAGCCCUGCACUCCUACACCUCUGUCCUGUCUUGGCUGCAGGUGGAGUCUUAUCUCUACAACCUGCUCAGCACCAACCCCAUCACCAGGAGUGUGGCUGUGCACAAGACUGGCCCAGAUGGCCCGAAGUCACAGCCAUCUUCUCUAAAGCCAUUAAAGGAGAGCAUCAGUGUGCUGUUCAGCUUUACUCGUCGGGUUCUAGACGACUCUCAGUUCCAGGAAGACAUUCAUCUGUGGUUGCAGAGAUUGGUAUCUGUUCUUCAUCGAGUGGGCUCAGCAGGAGACCAUCUGUACAUCCUUAACCAUCUGCUAUGCUGUCCUGCAGGAAUCAGGAAAUGGGCCGUGCCUUUUCUACAGAUUAAAGUGCUGGAUAAUCCAUCUGGAGUUUAUCACUUCAUGCAGGCACUGGCUAUUCUAAUGUCUCCAGUAAAAAACCGGGCUGAUUUGAUGUGCCAUAUGAAGCCCAGUGAUGUAAAAAGUAACAACAGCUACUCAGGACCUCCAACUAGUAUCUGGACCCUUGUAGAUGAAGGUGGAGAAGAGGAUGAAGACCCAGAGACAAGCUGGCUGCUGCUAUCAGAAGAUGACCUUAUCGCUCUUCUCUCUCAAUUUCCAUUUGAUGAACUUUUUAAACACUUACUGGGGAUGUCCUCAAAAGGCAAUUACCAACCCCAAGCCACCACAAGUCAGAAAAUGAUGAAGAUAUUUGCUUUUGCCUCUUCGCUUGUUGAGCUGCUAGCUGUUGGUCUGCAGACCUACAACCGAGCAUGUUACAGACAGUUUGUGAAGAGGAUUGGUCACAUUAUCAGGAUGACUCUGUGCUAUGUGAGCGAUCACUGGGCGCAGUAUAUCAGUUUAACCGGAGUGAGCAGGACCACCAUGCAGGAACAGUCAUUCUCCAUGGAGAAACUGCAGGUGGAGUUUGACCAUCUCUUUCUACGUGCAGUCUUACAUGUCCUUAAGGCUAAAAGACUUGGCAUCUGGCUCUUCAUGUCAGAGAUGCCGUAUGGAACUCUGUCCAGUGCAAUGCUAUGGAAGAUCUUCUACAUCAUGCAGUGUGCUGAGAUGGACAGCUUGGAUAAGCUGGAGUGCAGUCUGAGCGUGGAGAGCUGCAUCCAGAGCCUCCAAGAACCAGGUCACCAGGAAAAGUUUGAGGCCUGGCUGUCAGAGAUAAAUAGUUCAGAUGGAAUUUGCUUGCUCACAGCGUUUGCUCACAUGGCUCAACCCAAACGCACUGACGCAGACCCCGGGUUUGUCAGGACCAUUGUGCUGGAGAUAUACAAGGUGUCUUAUGUCAGUGUGGCCACACGGGAGAUCUUCUCAAAAGUGGGGAGAGAGUUACUAGCUGCUAUAGCCACAGCUCACCCAGAUGUCAUUUCCAUUCUGCUCGAGAGGCUGAAGGAGACAAUUGACAAAGUCGGCAUGGUGUCCUUAUACCUGUUUAAGGAGCUUCCUCUGCACUUGUGGAGCCCUAGUGAAGAUGAGGUCGGAGUCAUUCGGGGUUGGCUGCUGGAUUACAGCCUCUCUGCAGUGGAGAAUAAACUGGCCUGCAUUAUCCUGGAGGGUCUUAACUGGGGAUUCCAGGCUAGUGGUUGCCUUGCCCUGCCUGCUGCAUUACACAGUGAAGUGGCACUGCUGGUGGUAGAGGCUUAUCAGAAGUACCUCACAGACAAACCGUAUGCUGGCAUCAUCUCAGAAGGCCUCAAGCAGAUGUCUUAUCUAGCCAAUAUCAUGCGUCUGGGCCAGACUCCAGAGACGUCCUUUAACCAGUGGGCAUGGGACUUGGCACUGCGGCUUAAGCUCCACACCAGUGAAAGGAAUCCCCAGGGUGCAUGGUGUCCACUGCCUUCCUCCGAUGUGCCUAAUGUACUGGAGGUCACAGACUCCCCCACCAUGCACCCGGUGCUUAAAGCCGUCAAAGCAGGCAUCCCCAUUGGCUGUUUCCUAGCACUGGAUAUGAGCACCAUUGGGCACAGUUUAGAGAAGUUUUGCAGUGAAGGCAUACCCUUGCUGAAGACCUUGGUUCAGUCUCGCCACCUCAAAGCUGCGAUCCAUGUGCUGGAAAACAUUCUACCCAUGGCCUAUCACUGCCCCUUCUACCUCCUCAAGAAUGAACAGUUCCUGAACUGUAUCCAGCUGUUUUUGCAGCUUGACAGUGGGACACCCCAGGGCAUGACCCAACAGGUCACACUCAAGGUGGCCCAGCAUCUUAUUGGUGCCUACAGUUGUGAGAACAUCAAGCUUCUUAAUAGCGUGAUCCAGGCUCACAUUCUGGAGAGCUCCAAGGUUGGCAGAGUCGGAGCAGUUGCCGUUCUGGAAUUCUGGCUGCAGGUGUUGACCAAGCAGAACCUCUGGCACAGAGACAAAACCGUUCUGUACCUCCUGGACCAUCUGUGCCGUGCUGCUUUCCUCCACCAGCAGGAGGAAUGUCUCCAUAAAUUGCUUUACCAGCAGCAUAAGAACGCGCUAGGUUACCACGGCGAUAAAGGUCUGUUGUCAUCUCUAAUGGGUUGGAUUGUGGCAGGAAACAUCACUCCUUCAUUUAUCGAAGGCAAUGCUCUGACUGGUGAGGUGUGGUUUGCUUGGCUAGUUUUAAACAUGGAGUCCAUCUUUGAGGAAGACUCUCAGCUACGACGCUGUGUGGAGCAUGAGCUUGUAUCCAACCCUGCUAUCACCCCGGACCAGGCGCUCAAGAAGGCUCAGCUGCGCCUGAAGCUGCAUGUGGUGCCUUGCCUGCAGCGACUCAUGGUCUAUCGGUGGGCUCACCAGGCCCUGGCUACAUCAGCAGAUCACCCGCUUCUACCCCUCAUCUGGCAGAAAUUCCUACAUCUCUACCUUCGCCAGCCUGGCCCAGAGUUCGGACUGGAAGCUAAAGGUUGUAUUGGGAAGCGCUAUUUCCACAGUGCUGCACACAUCACUCUGCUAAAGGAGCUCAAACAGCGGCUGGUGGAGGUGUGUGACUUUCACCAUGCAGCUGGUAAGGCCCUGAAAGUACUGAGUCCAUCCAGUGACACCCACAGUGAGGGAGAGGCUACGCCAGGAACCAAUAUAACUCAGUCCAUGACCUCUCCUGAGCUGCAUGUCGAACUGGUUAGGCUUUUCAGUGCCUUUGCGCUAUGGAUGGAUGAUGAAAGCAUACAGAAACAGGAACUGUACUUGCCCUCAUUGCCAAAACAGUACGAUGCCCAUCGGCUAGCCACAAUUAUGCAAGGCCAGCAGGAGCCAUGGAUGGAGUAUGUGGACAUUGAGCGGGUUCAGCAUGAGUUGAACGAAGUUCUUAACCUGUGGGUGAAAGUCAGAAGUGAGCCUUCAUUCUCCCAGAGGAGCAGCAGCUCCAUCUUCACUGACUUCAUCAAUCCUCAGGCUGCACGAGAGCGUAUCCUCACUAACCUGAAGAAACAUGAUGCCCCCCAGUGUGCGCUAUUAUUAGUUCCUAUGAAGGCCCCAGUACCUGAUAUCUCUACUGGCAGCCUGUCUGAUGUACACACAUCUACUUCUCUCAUCCAGGAAGACCUCACUAUGCUACAGCACCAAGCCAAGUUAGCAGCAGUGCGUGAGACACAGCAGGUGGCGCUGGACAAUGAGCUUCUAGAGAUUUUGCCUCAACUCUAUACCAACCGUGAGGAGCAGCUCUUCAUGCAGCUGGAGUGCAGUGGUAAAGGAGGGCAGCCAUGCCAGGGCCCUGCACAUAUAACUGUUAAGUACGCAGGCAUGCACAAAGUGGAACCAGUGCAGAAUCAGAUCCAAUCCCUGAAGAGUGACAUUAAGCAGCUUCAGACAGACGCAGUAAAGCCUCUUCCCCAGAGCCUAGCCGAGGCCGCCGUGCAUACUGAGAACUUGAUAACGACCCUAGUUAAUGCGUACAAGUUACACCCAACACCCGCCAUGCAGAAAGUAGGCAUUGCGGCCUUCUAUCAGAUUGUGUCUUUAAUUUGUGAGGACACCCAGAGACACCCGCCCACACGCCAGUUUUUCACUUCCUGUGUGGAGAUCCUGGGGCAGGUCUUCAUUAGGGAUGCUCAAGCAGAGUGUAAGCGCAUGCUGAAGACCAUCUUGCAGAACAGACGUCUGUGUAACCUGCUGUCUCCAUACUUCACUCCCAAUGCCUCACCUUCUGAACUGGUGGCUCUGUAUGAAGAAGUGGUGACGGCUCUGCACGCUGACAGUGGAGACGUCAUCUUCAUGCUCCUCACAAAGUUUGACCUGGUACAGUGGCUCUCUGCCAGUCAGCCACCAUUCACUGAUCGCAGUCGUCUGAUAGAACUCAUCCAUUUGGCGCUCACAGCUUGUGGCCUGGAGCCUGAGGCUGAAGUCCUCAUGCCCUUUAACCUUUUCUGUAAGCACUGGACCCAGCUGCUGGUCUACCAGUUUCCUGACCACUACAGCGACUUCCUCAGACUCUUCACACAGAGUAGCUCAGAGCAGCUUCUCAGCGCAGAUUGCUGGAGGGCUUCCCUGAGAGUGCUUGGUUGCUCUGCGAAUCGCAAAAAUAAAGUGUCCAAAACAUCCUCCACGCAUUCGGUCUGUCUUUCCCCUCAACAGGUCAAUGAAACAAUCGAAUGGCUCUCAAACUACUUUCUCAAGCUCCGUCUGUCUAAAGGAGACAUUCGCAGCUUCGGCCUUCUCUCCAAAUGGAGGCCAUACAUUGAGGAAGUCAGGAUGUUCUGGGAGUAUCUGAUCAGUUACCUCAUUGAUCUGGAGCUGAAUAACUGCAGCAAGGAGCCUGUGGGGAGUGGAAGACUGGUCAAAGCACUUGAGGAACUCUAUAAAAAGAUGACUAAACUCUUUAGCCCCUGGAUGUUGGUUCUGGACACAGAUGAUGCGAGCAACCCUCGCUGUUCUCCCUGGCUUGAAUCAGAUACCACAGUAGCUGUCAGUCUGGUCAGCCUAUACACAAAUCUAACUGCAACCUUGCAUGAUAAAUUCAAAGAUCGCCUGUUGCCAGGACAAAAAAGUGCCCUGUGGCUUCAUCUCAUGCACUACUGCGAGAGCUGCACCUCUCCAAAAAUGCCAGAAUAUCUUCUGUAUAAUUAUCACACCGAGUACAGCCAGUUGCCCUGGAAAGAUCUUUAUCCAGACCAGACCCUCAUGAACCAGUUCUUCAAUGUGGAAAGAGGAAGCCCGAAGAGCUGUUUCCUGUUCAUGGGCGAAGUUCUUUGUAAUGUCAACUGGAUCAGCGUGUUAAGUGAUGCCCUGAGCCCACAGCCUAGUGCCAAUGCCCACAUGAUGGUGGUCUAUCUUCUUUACCUGAUGGUAUUCUUAGCCAAAGAGGAUCAUCUUAUUAGCAAACCUGAUUCCCCUCUUUUAAGUCUCCUUGGCCAGUCAACGUCUCUGCCCUGGCACCUAGUAGACAUCUCCUCGUACCAAAAUGUCACAGGCUAUGUGAGCACACACUACCAAGCUUCCCUUGUUCUCAGCCAAGAGACAUCUUCACAAUUAGUAGUCAAACUUCUCAAGAUGGCUGCUGGAUUUGGAUCCAACUUAGAUGGAUUGCAUCACAAGGACAUGACUUUAAAGUGCCAAGAGUUCCUCCAUCUGAUGGUGCAGUUCCUGACUUCUCUGGAUCAGAAUGGUAACAUCAGUCUGGCCUCACUAGAAACAGAGAUGGAGAGGCUUUUGGAGUGCAUUGUUCUUUUCAAUCCACCUGAAACAGACCUUCAGCAGAGGCACAUGGCCACCUGCAGUCUGUUUGCUGAGCUGUUGACUCUACUGAAUGGUGCAAGUGUGUCAACAGCAGAGCAGCUUGGCACUAAGCUUCAUUCCUGGGUAGAGAAAAGGGCUCGAAGUCCCCUGGUGUUGCCUCUACUCACUGCUGCCUGCAGAUGCCUGGCCUCUGUACGCCAUAUGACUCGCACCACUGAGGCCUGCAUAUUGUCCUACUUCACUGAUGGUGGCUGUGUGGAUCAGUACUCUGGCUGGGGGCCUAUUCUGGUUUCUCUCCAGGUUCCUGAACUCACUGCGGAGGACUUUAUCCAGGAGAGUCUGGCCCUCGGCAGCUACCUCACACUCUACGUCUACAUCCUUCAAAAACUCAACAUGGAGCAGACUCUGCUCAAUGAGAAGAAGACUUUGAUGCUGCUUAACUCCUGGAACAACCAAGUUUUUCCUAAUGGUCCAGCGGAUGAAGCCAAGGUGUUUCUGUGGUGGCACAAAGCCUUGCACCUGCUACAGGUUCAGGUGGAUCAGGGGGACCCAUGUGGACUAGACACGCUGGUGCUCCCUAUGAUAUCCUUUCAGAACCACCUGGCACAGCUGGGAGAGGAGCGGCUCAACUCGGGCAUCCUGGGAGCCAUCGGCCUCGGACGCAAGUCACCGCUCUCCAACAGAUUUCGGGUUGUUGCUCGUAGCAUGUCAGCGUUCCUCCUGGUGCAGGUGCCUUCAGAAAGCCAGUUACGCAUCCAUGCAGGAACAGAGCUGCACCUCUCCUCGAAGGCCCAACAGGCUGUAACAUUGCUGGAAACCAUGUUGACCAAUAAGCAGUAUUCGGAGCUGCAGCAGACCUUGAGCCAAGCCUGUCAGUUCAUUAAGUACCCGGGUCACUGCCUGCGUGACAGCAACCGCCUUUUAUCCCUGCUUAUCAACUCGCUGUACCCAGAUCUCCAUUACCUGGACAUCAUGCGUUAGCAAGGCCUGAAUCACAGACUUAUCAACCAAGAAGCUACACUGGUUGUGUUACAAUGCCCUGGAAAAUGAGCACAACAGACUGAAAUUAAGAUCAUUUGUGCUUUUAUGGGGUUCUUGCCUGAAAACAUUGUCUGGAACAAAGAUUUGGACAUUAUAUGGAACGGAGUGCCAAAGAGAAGCUUUGAAAGUCAUGAAUUCAGGCCUAUAAGGUAAUCUGGAUGUGUGUAAUGGUGUUUCAUUCCCUUUUUUCGCCUGCCUUUCUUUGAUGUUGUACUUGUACGUGUCUCGUUUUGCAUUAUACAUUCAGUGUCAUCAUUCAGUCUUUUUUCAUUUAAAUCAGCCAACAUCAAAAUCAUUUUCAAGCCUUAUCUGAAUGUUCCUUAUAAUGGAGCGAUAAUGUCCAGACAUAUUCUACAAGACCUUAAAUGCUUUACUACACACCAUCAGUAUUCAGUAUAGCCAUUUUCCUGUAGUCAGAUGGACAAGUUGGCCAAAGUUGAGAAAGUAAAGUAUGUAUGAUUUUCUGUCAAUCAGAGCCAUGAGUUACAUUUGAUAGUAGGGUGUAAUACGAAUGGAAUCAUGGAAAUUGGGUCUUCAUGUUUGAAUCACUGUCUAAUGCCAAGAUUUUGGCCCAAAUGAAUGCCAGACCUGGCCUGGCAGCCGUAGUGGCAAUUCCAAAACUGGAAAUAUGACUUACUAGUAACAGAUUUCAAAAUGUGCUACAAAUGUGCAACUCUAGUGUGAGAUAUAUGUACAGUUGUUGAUCUUAAUCUAACAUUUUCUAGGUUUAUAUGCUCAGAUUUAUUAGAUAUUUUGGUGAGGAUUUCAGUGGUUAAAUAUAAGCAUGAAGGACAUAUUAGAUCACAUACAUAAAUGAAGUGAAACAAGUUAUCUUUUCAGAUUUAAUUUUGCUCUUAUUACGAAUGUUUCAUAAAACCUUACAGUUUGUUUAAGUGAAUACUACACUAUUUCUCAAGUUGUGUAGCAUACAGUAUUUAACAUUCAGGUCUGUAAUGUGAACAUGCUAGAGAGAAGACUGAGGAUAUGAGGAGGCCUAAAAUAACUUAUCCUCUAUUCCUUUUCUUGAACAUACUUAUUUUUGCCACAUGAUUAAUUUAUUUCGCACUUUAAAGACAGUCUGAUUUGGGAAUCAUUGCAUGUUUGCUGAAUGCAGUCAGAAGUUCAUUCAGAUGUCAUGGAGGCCUUUAGGAUUUUUAGUAGUCUGUUUUAAUACCGUUUCUGUUUAGUUUUUAGAGACUUAGAUAUAUUUUAUUUAAAACAUUCAUAAUUGGAAUUCCAAGAUGGUUUAUAUUUAUGCUGACGCACCUUUCUGUUUGAUGUGUUGUACUUACUUGAGGCAAAACAAAAAAAAUGAAAUUUCAGUAUGGUGAGACUGUGAAAUUGAAGUGAUAAAAAAAGUCCUAUAUGUUUGUCAGUUCACACAAAACCCAGGAUACUGCAGAGCCCUUGAGAGGUCAUGAAAAGUAUGCCCAAUUUAUUGAUCACAAGACCUACUGUCAAGGUCCCAUUUUUCCUUGAGCUUUCAAUUUGACAUUGUGCCCAUGUUUGGUAUUAUUUGUGCUCUCGUCUGAAGAAAAGGUGCCCACAGUUUAAUGGAUAAACUGAUCUAGCAAGUUACAGUUUAAAGUUCAAGUAGGUAGAGUUCUACUUAAAGUCUCAAGUGUACUUUGGGAUAGAGAUGUGUUCUAGAGACAUUGGGAGUAAUAGAAUUAUAAUAAGAACACAGUGUUUUUCACAGGUCUGUUGUAAACCUGCUCGAGGGCCAGGAGUGCUGCAGGAACAAUUCAAAGGCCCUGAAGUGUAUAUAUAACCCAUGUGUGGGGAAUAUAUAUAUCUAUAUAUAUAUUAUUUAUGUAUUACACAUAUUGGACAUCUAUAUGUAUAUCUUAAAAUGUACACUAUUACAUACAGCAUAUUGUAUUUAUGUUUUAUAUAUGUUGGCAUGCAGUAAACAUAUUUGGAAUUUUAGUACCAAGACAUGAUACACAUAUUGCACAAUAUUUUGGGUUUAAAGAAUCUAUUCCACUUCUAUAAUAGGGGCUUAAUGAUCUGUGUUAGCUUACUAAAAUAAUCUUUUUGUCACCUCUCCGGGGCUCUAUAGGACACUCAGAUGAAACUGGAUACACACUGUCACUGUAUGUGUCUUCUUUGCAUUUUGCCAUGAUUUUUGAAGUCAUGUGAACAAGUUGUAAAUUGCUAAUGUAAAAGUGAAUAGCCUUAGACCAUGUCUCUCAAUGUCUAUAAUAAAAACAUAACAAACA